AUGGAUUUGGUUAAUCCUUCCAAUGAUCAAGUGCUGAAACUAUGGAAAAGCUGCUAUGAUGAAGAUGAGGAUGACAUAGAUGAGUUUACAGAAGAAGAAUUAGCAAAUGACCCUUCAAAAAGGAUAUUAUGGGCUGCGGAAAAUAACAAAUUAGAAGUGGUCAGUGAGCUUCUAUCAACUACAGUCCAGGGAGCCUCAUGCAACAACCAUAAAGAUAUGGUUCAUCUGCUCCUGUCCCAUGGAGAAAAUAUCUCAGCAAAAACAGCAGAUGGUGGCAGCCAUUACACAGCGCAGGCCGAUGGAACUGUGUGGAAGCAGCCCAAGUUCUUAUUCAUGCUGGUGCCGACAUAA